AUGGAUGAGGUCGCUGAAUCUUCGGAUCCGUCUACAGGAUCGUCGGUCAGGGGUCAUGUCGAACCCAAGGGCGAGGAGCAGUAUCGUCGCUUUCGAAGACAUGUGUUUGUGACUGUUAUUUCAAAUAAAUAUAUCGAUGUUGUAGUGCUACAUUUAUUAUUGGCUUUUUUUGGUAUUACUGGUGUCUUGGCUAGAGUUGGUUUGACUAGAUUGACGUCGUUUCCUGGAUCUCAGAAUGGUGGAGUCCUAUGGAGUAAUUUUGGAGGCUGUUUACUUAUGGGAAUCUUAGUUCGAAGCGAAGCACUGUUUGGUGAUUUGAUUGUAAUAGAACAGAUGGCGCCGUUAGACGUGGUAGAACACGGCGCUUCGGGUAAUGUUCUUCGUAGAACUUAUACUAGAAAAGAGAAGAUCCCUCUGUAUAUUGGCCUGGCUACUGGGGUGUGUGGAAGUAUUACUUCGUUUUCAACGUUUAUGAUCGAACUGUUCCAGUUAUCAGCUCUCCAACCGCCAACUGGUGUGUCGUAUCCUAAUCCGGGGUAUGGAGUCAUGGCGUUUCUGAGCUAUCUUAUUAUUACACUUACUGUCUCUUUUGGAGGUUAUUUCUGUGGGUUUCAUGUCGCUGAUGGUAUUGAAAAAUUCUUCCCUAUAUCACUCGCGACGUAUACUUUGAUUAUUGAAGUGUUAGGUGCGAUGCUGGGAUUGACUGCUUGGGUUGCGGUGAUAGUACUUGCAAUUCUUAUUCCUCAAUGGAGGUACUGGACGUUUGCGUGUAUAUUUGGACCGUUUGGUGUCUACGCACGGUUCUGGUCGGCUCGUCUGUUCAAUAAAAUAACCCAUAAAUUUCUCGUCGGCACUUUCAUUGCCAAUAUGAUUGCUACUGCUAUCUUAUGUGCACUAAUUAUCCUCCAAAGAGGCCAGACUCCCUCUCAUGGCCUCAUCAUCAAAUCAAAACUGCAAUGUCAAGCCAUCUCGGCUCUUCAAGACGGAUUCUGUGGAAACUUCUCUACUAUCAGUUCAUUUAUUGCUGAACUGGUAGCUUUCCGCUCGAAAAGAAAUGCUUACAUUUACGGAGGUAUUUCGAUAGGCGGCGGGUUCUCCAUCGUCGUCGUUAUAUUAGGUUCCUACGCUUGGACUCGCGGGAUAUCUGCUGUCGCUGCCUGUUAA